GUAUUGUUCAGGACUGUUGCCAUGAUGGUUCCGGAUUAUGCUUUAAUUGGAGAGAUUUCGUUAUAUUCCAUGGGAUUUGUUGAUGCACCAAGCCUAGCAGGAAAAAUAGUCGCCACCUAUCGGCUUUGUUCAGAACAGCUCUCAUCUCAGCAUCAUUAUGACUACGGCAUGAGAGCUGUAAAAUCUGUUCUGACAGCAGCUGGAAAUUUAAAGUUGAAAUACCCUGCCCAGAGUGAAGCAGUCCUUGUUCUGAGAGCAAUUAAUGAUGUAAACUUGCCAAAAUUUCUUGCCCAGGACGUUCCGUUAUUUCAAGGCAUUACAUCGGACCUGUUCCCGGGAAUAGAACUCCCCACACCUGACUAUGAGACAAUAUUUGCUGCUCUGAAGAAAAGUAUUCAAGAAAGGAAUCUGCAGCCUGUACCUUGGUUUUUAGAAAAGAUCAUUCAGAUUUAUGAGAUGAUCUUGGUGCGGCAUGGUUUAAUGAUUGUUGGCGACCCUAUGGGGGGGAAAACUACUGCCUACCAGGUGUUGGCAUCUGCUCUGACAAACAUUCAUGCAUUAGGAUCUGAUUGUGGAAUGGAAGAAUUUGCAGUGACUUAUCGGAUUAUCAACCCAAAAGCUGUUACCAUGGGUCAACUAUAUGGCUGUUUCGAUCCCGUGUCACAUGAGUGGUCAGAUGGUAUUUUGGCUGUUACGUUUCGAGAGUUCGCUAGCAGUACAAGUACAGAGAGAAAAUGGAUUCUCUUUGAUGGUCCAGUAGAUGCAGUGUGGAUUGAGAAUAUGAAUACUGUACUUGAUGAUAACAAAAAGUUGGGUUGGAAACCCUUGAAAGAAUCAUACUUAGAGUCUUUACCUGAUCACCUGAACUUUGAGAAAAAAACUGUAGAUGAUAUGUUUGAGUGGCUAGUUCCAGCUUGUUUGGAGUUUCUACAUCACAAGUGCAGGACUCUCGUCACUACUUCUGAUCUUCACCUGACACACUCUCUCAUGAAGCUUUUUUCUUGUUUUAUGAAUGAUUGUUUAUCAACCAAACAGAUAGAUGAAGAUGACAUGUCUUCAUCAGAGGUUUCUUUAGCACUUCAAAGUCUGUUUGUGUUUGCCGUUCUAUGGAGUUUUGGUGGUUCCAUGGAUGCAGAAAGCAGAGUAAGAUUUGAUGAAAUGUACCGAUUACUGUUAAGUGGAGAAAACGAGAAUUUUCCCAAACCGAAAAGUUUCAGGCUUGGAAAAAGUCAGCUUUUUCCCGAAAAUGGUUUAGCGUUUGACUACAUGUUUGAUAAACACAAACGAGACUGGGUUAUAUGGAUAGACACUCUAGAUCGUGCCUCUACUUUAUUACCUGCAGAUGUGAGGGUGAAUGAACUAAUCAUCCCAACUGACGAAACAGUACGACAGAUGUUCUUCUUAAACACUUACCUAAUGAAUGAAGUUCCGAUGCUGUUUGUGGGACCCACUGGUACAGGAAAGUCAGCCAUCACCAACAACUUUCUUAUUCAUCUAGCUAGGGAAAAGUAUAUUCCAAAUUCUAUCAAUUUCUCUGCUCGAACUACUGCUGGACAAACACAGGACAUCAUUAUGUCUAAGUUAGACAGACGACGGAAAGGGGUUUUUGGACCUGGAAUGGGAAGGAAAUGUGUCAUGUUUGUUGAUGACCUAAACAUGCCAGCUAAAGAAACUUGGGGAGCACAGCCACCCAUUGAGUUGCUACGUCAACUGUUGGACCAUGGGCAUUGGUAUGACAAAAAAGACACAUCCAAAAUUGAGAUUAUUGAUGUGCUCCUGAUUUCAGCGAUGGGACCUCCUGGUGGUGGCCGUAAUGAUAUUUCUGGCCGCUUUACUCGACAUUUAAAUGUUGUGGCAAUUGACUCGUUUGAUGACCAAACGUUGACAAAAAUAUUUUCAUCAGUUGUAGAUUGGCACUUUGGAAAAGGAUUUGAAACUGCUGUUCUGAGAAUGGGAAAGGCCUUGGUUCAUGCUAUCAAGGAUAUUUACAAGGCAGCCAUCAACAAUUUCUUACCUACUCCUUCCAAAAGUCACUAUGUUUUCAACCUUCGAGACUUUGCUCGUGUUGUUCAAGGUGUACUAUUAACACCGCGUUCUCAUCUUCAGGAUCCUAACAAACUUUUGCGACUUUGGGUGCAUGAAGUCUAUCGUGUUUUUUAUGAUAGACUUAUUGAUGACAGUGACAGACAAACAUUCUUCAAUAUUGUCAAGGACACGACACAGUCUUGCUUUAAACAGAACCUGGACAAAGUGCUUUCACACCUUACACCUUCAGGAAAGUUGAAAGAUGACCAUAUUAGGAAUUUAUUUUUUGGAGACUACAUGCAUCCUGAUGCUGAACUCAAAGUGUACGAUGAAGUUACAGAUUUGAAUUACUUAACUACUGUCAUGGAACA